UUUCGAGAGAAACUGUCCCAACUUAGGACUUCCUGGCGAUCAAAAAGGGACACGAUGAAAAAUAAGCAUUAGAAGAAACAGCCAAAGUGAUAUUCAAGAAUCGAAAAUACAACUUUUGCAGUCUACACAGUCUGUUGCGCUGCGUGAAACUGCUUGUCUGUCAGACCCGGAAAAGAACACGGAAUUCACUGAGCCUAAACAAACAGACCCACAAAUGAAAAAGUGGCUUUAGCUAGCUACAGCUAGCUAGCUAAAAUUUCCAAUCAACGUGGAGAAGGAUGUGGUUUAUGCUGUCAGUCGGAGCUAGUGAGCCAGCUAGCAAGCCAGUCUGGUAGUCCGGGUCAUUUUACGGAUAAUAUAACUUGUCAUUUUACGAAAGUCGGAAUGUAGAAGUCAGCGUGUGUGGCCUGGGCAGAUCGAGGAGCGGCCCUUGAGACGUCGGCAUGCCGUUCAGGUUGCGCUGGUCGGGGAGGCUGGGCCUCUUGGCGAAGGCAUGCCUUCUCCUGUCCGUCAUGUGGCUGGUCUACGUCCUCAUAGAGCACUCCGCUGGGUCUGGCCAGGGGGCGGGUGGGGACAGUAGGGGGCGGAGCCCCCUGGCAGGAGACUUCCCACAAUUGACGGAAAACAGGGAUCGCCUGGCCCAGCCUGUCUACGUCAAGGCCCCCCCAGACGCAAGCGCACCGGGGGAGUGGGGCAAGGCCACCCACCUGACCCUGAGUGAUGAGCAGAAGAAGCAGCAGGAGGAGACGGUGGAGCGCUAUGCCAUCAAUAUCUACGUCAGCGACAGGAUCUCCCUGCACCGCCACAUCCAGGACAACAGAAUGCACGAAUGCAGAGCAAAAAAAUUUGACUACCGCAAGCUGCCCACAACGUCGGUGAUCAUCGCGUUCUACAACGAGGCGUGGUCCACGCUCCUGCGGACCAUCCACAGCGUGCUGGAGAGCACGCCCGCCAUCCUGCUGAAGGAGAUCAUCCUUGUUGAUGACUACAGCGACAGAGCCUAUCUGAAGUCCCAGCUGGCCGAGUACAUCAGCGGCCUGCAGCGGGUUCGACUCAUCCGAACCGGCAAACGGGAGGGCCUGGUGCGGGCCCGGCUCAUCGGCGCCACCUACGCCACGGGGGCCGUCCUCACCUUCCUGGACUGCCACUGCGAAUGCGUCCCGGGCUGGAUUGAGCCACUCCUGGAGAGGAUUGGGGAAAAGGAGAAUACCAUUGUGUGCCCGGUGAUAGACACCAUAGACUGGAACACCUUUGAGUUCUACAUGCAGACAGAUGAGCCCAUGAUCGGGGGCUUCGACUGGAGGCUGACCUUCCAGUGGCACUCGGUACCUGAGGCUGACCGGCGGCAACGAAAGUCGCGCAUCGAUCCCAUCAGAUCUCCCACCAUGGCUGGAGGCCUGUUUGCGGUGAGCAAGUCCUACUUUGAGUACCUGGGCACAUACGACAUGGGCAUGGAGGUGUGGGGAGGAGAAAAUCUGGAGCUCUCCUUCAGGGUGUGGCAGUGUGGUGGAUCUCUGGAGAUCCACCCCUGCUCCCACGUGGGCCACGUCUUCCCGAAAAAAGCCCCCUACGCCCGGCCCAACUUCCUCCAGAACACGGUCCGGGCUGCCGAGGUCUGGAUGGACUCCUACAAGCAGCACUUCUACAACCGGAACCCUCCCGCUAGGAAGGAGUCGUACGGUGAUAUCUCCGAGAGGGUGCUGCUGAGGGAGAGGCUCAAGUGCCAGAGCUUUGACUGGUACCUGAGAAACAUCUACCCAGACCUGCAUGUCCCGGAGGACCGAGAGGGGUGGCACGGAGCUAUCCGCAGCGCCGGGAUCCACUCAGAAUGCCUGGAUUACAACGCCCCUGAGCACAACCCCACAGGAGCGCACCUGUCUCUGUUUGGUUGCCAUGGCCAGGGUGGCAACCAGUACUUUGAGUACACUUCCAAGAAGGAGAUCCGGUUUAACUCGGUAACGGAGAUCUGCGCCGAGGUUCCAGAGGCACAGACGUACAUCGGCAUGAAGUACUGCCCGCGGGACGGCGAACCCCUGCCCGGCAACAUUAUCUGGGAGUUCCGGGAGGACGGGACCAUCUACCACACUCAGUCGGACUCCUGCAUCACGGCCUUCCGCCACCCGGGCGGGCGCACCGAUGUGCUGAUGAGAAAGUGCACCCCCUGGGACAACAACCAGAAGUGGAAGUUUGAGUGAUGGGCCAGGAGGCGAGGCCGCGGAGUUCCAGAACUAAGUGCAAUUAACCGCGGUGGACUGUCAGAGACAGAGGCGGAAGUGGGGCGACUCUCCGAGCAAACCAGCCCCUGUGCCGUGCCUCUAGGGCUGCUGUGAUAUAACCAUAAUUCACCUUAGUGCCUGGAAGAAAAUCAAAGGGGAUAAACACCUGCUGUGCCAAGUUUUUGUAGUAGUUUUUUUUGAUGAACUCUUUGAGAGAGACAGGAGACUUUGGUUCAUGCAGGGCUACGAUUUGAGAAGAUGGUCUAAUCAGAGAUGCAUUUAUUUGAUGGGGGAGGGGCAUAUGUACUAAUAUGAUUGCACUACAGGUAUAGUUUUAUGAAUAUCCCACCACCCCACCGUUUGAUUUCUACUUAAGAAAGGAAGACAUCAGUUGUAUUUAACUAUACAGGAUCGUUUCAGGGAAAGGUGAUAUGAAUGAAUUUUUACUUUCAUGGUGUUUGACUUCCUAAUUAUGUUUUCAGUAAGGUCAGUCACAUAAUGAAUCUAUUUGAUAAGGGUUUCAAGAUUUGUUUUUAUUGUAUUUAACCUUUUUUUAACCAGGUAGUUCCAAUGAGAUUUAAAUUUGGUUUUUUUGAAGAGGGAGCUGGUCUUUUCAUAAAGCAAGGCCAUUGUGUGUUUGGGGUUCAAGAAUGGUUCAUACUUUAUCAGAAAUACCUCUUUUGAAGUUGCUGUGGAUCCCAAAAUGAAAGAACAUGGCUUUAUGACAGAAGCCAGAAGUCAUACUGCAUAUUCUCCAGAAUUGUUGUCUUUGAGGGAACAAGCAGAAGCUCCUUAUGUUGAUGCUGGAUUAAAGGGGAUUACUCAAACUACUUAUGGGAAUGCAAUGUCAAAGUGAUGCAAUUGUAAAUGCAAGUGCCAGAGAAAAGUGAAAUGUCCAAGACUUACUGUGUCUGUGUCACAGAUACAAGCCAACAACAAAUACAUCUGUCAUGUCUGUACUGUGCCUCAAGCCUGAUUCCAGACAGGUUUCUCUUUUUUGAAGAAGAAAAAUUUCUCCUGCGGUAGACAGAGAGCUAUGAAGAGUGGGAGGGGCAGACAAAAUACUUACUUACUUACUUCAUGUUUGUUCUGAAUCUGCCAAUUGAAAUGAGGCCCACCCAGUGCUGGUGUUGAUAUUAACUCAAACUGAUUUCAUGAGAAGGUGCAUAAUUGCAUUGGUACAAUGUGUUCUCUGCCUCCCCCGUUUGCAGAUAACUGGCCACAACUUUUUUUCCUCUUGCGUUUGUCCCAGUCACAGAGUGCAGGUUUACUUUUGAGGACCGACAUGCUCCUGUGUACGUAUCCCAAGAUGUAGACUGUUACUGAUCAGUAGUGUUGGCUUUUUCCCAUCAGCCUCUUCUUUUCCGUUUGCAUGCCAAGCCACCAUCCAAUGUGUGCCAGGGCAGCCAACGCCGCGCUUUAUAAAGUGGGAUCCAUUUAAUCUGCUAAUCCUCUGGGUCGCUCAAACGUCGGCCUCCUCUCUGCUCUCAUGCGUGCCCAUUUUGCUUAAUUUUGCUGUGUGAGUCAAGAAGGAGUUCUUCUUUUCUCUGGACUAUAGGUCUCUCCCCCCCCCCCCUGAAAAGGGCUGGUGUGGAUUUCAGGACCACAAGAAGAGCUUUAAACUUCCUUAUGUGCCAGCGUUGUGCAUGAACCUGCUGUAUCACUCCAGUUCCCCAAUGACAUAACACAUUUCUUCUGUGACCAUUUGCACUAAGGCAUUCGAAAUGUCAAGCUGUUUCGGGAACUUGAUCAUGGAUCAUUUAAAAGCUUCAUGUUUUCUCUGUAACUGGCACAUGGCAUAAAGGGACCUGAAUGGGACAGUGCAAAUGGAAGUUGCAUAUUUAAACUACUGAUUAAGCACAAAUCAUUACUUUGUCAAGAUAAAAUAAAAAAAAAUUAUUGAAAUGCAUUUAACAUGCUUUUGGACUGUGCUAGAUUGAGGGUUUUUUAACAU